AUGAACGUGAUUCGAACAUCGAAUCAAGGACCAUUUUUUGUUUGUUUCAGAGAUCUUAGCCACAAUCAAAUCGCCACGAUCGGUCCGAAAACCCUGAGAGGGAUUUCGUCGUUAAAAUACUUGCUGCUCGAUAACAACGUGCUGACCUGUAUCGACGAGGCAUCGAUACGAGAGCUGAAGGACCUGGAGAUACUAAUGCUGAAUAACAACAAACUAACGACGCUGGGCAAGGAAGUAUUGAACGGAUUGUCGCAUUUGCGAACCCUGAAGCUACUCGACAACCAGUUUUCCUGCGACUGUCAUUUAGCCUGGUUGUCGCGACACUUGAAAACGUACCCACGCCUUGGUCAGCACACGCGUUGCGCCUCCCCUAUUCACGUAAAGGAUCGAAACAUCGCCGACUUACAGGAGCACGAAUUCAAGUGUUCGGGGCUGGUUGAGCGCACGGGAUCCGAAUGCAGCGCGGAACCGCAAUGCCCGCAUCCCUGUAGAUGCGCUGACGGCAUCGUCGACUGCAGGGAGAAUCUUUUGACGAAAGUGCCCACCCACCUUCCCGAGGACACCACCGAGCUACGUUUGGAGCAGAACAGCAUCACGGAGAUUCCCCCAAAGGCUUUCUCUCCGUACAGAAAACUGCGCAGAAUUGACCUCAGCAAUAACCAAAUUAGGAAGGUGGCGGCCGACGCGUUUCACGGCUUGAAAUUCCUCGAAUCACUUGUUCUAUAUGGAAACAAAAUUGCCGAAUUACCUAGCGGACUGUUCCAAGGCUUGACCAACCUCCAGUUACUAUUGCUGAACGCCAACGAGAUAUCUUGCAUACGAACCGAUCUGUUCAGAGACCUGACCAGCCUGACACUGUUGUCCCUGUACGAUAACAACAUCAGAUCUCUGGCCAAUGGAACUUUCGCCAAUCUGCGUAGCAUUGAAACGCUACAUUUGGCAAGGAAUCCGUUCAUCUGCGAUUGCAAUCUGCGAUGGCUGAGCGCGUACCUUCACGCGCACCCCAUCGAGACGUCGAGUGCUAAGUGCGAGUCGCCGAAGAGGGUGCAGAAGCGGAAGAUCGAUUCGAUGCGGGACGACAAGUUCAAAUGUAAGGGCGACGAAGAGCUCUUGACGAAGAGGGCUGGCGAGUGCAUCCUGCCUGGAGAAUGUCCAGCUCCGUGCACUUGCAACGGCGCAACAGUCGACUGCUCCAACAAGAAACUAACCUCGAUACCGAAGGAGCUGCCAAUCUACACAUCCACAUUGCUGUUGGCCAACAAUGAGCUGGAUAAGAUCAAAGCGGACGGCCUGUUCGAGAAGCUGCCGGAGCUGCAGCAUUUGGACCUCAGGAAGAACAAAAUCUCACGCGUCGAGGCGUCAGCCUUUCUGGGGGCGCACAAGCUCACCGACCUACUCUUGUCGGAGAACAGGCUGAGGGAAGUGCACAACAAGAUGUUCACCGGCUUGACGAAUCUUAAGACUCUGAACCUUCACGGGAACGCCAUUACCUGCGUCAUGCAGGGCGCGUUCGAAGGAAUGAUGCACUUACGCACCAUCAACAUGCAAGGCAAUCCUUUGUCCUGUAAUUGUCAUCUCGCGUGGUUCGUUGGAUGGCUGAGGAAACGCGACAUGUCUGACGUGGUCGGCCACUGCCACGAUCCGCCGCGAUUGAAGGACGCCGUCAUCAAGGAUAUCCCUCAUCACGAGUUUAAAUGCAACAACGACAGCGUGGGUUGCCUAGGAGACGAUUACUGUCCACCCCAAUGUAAGUGCGCCGGGUCAGUGGUGAGGUGUUCGAAGUCUCAGCUUACAGAGAUUCCACGUGGGAUUCCACCGGAAACCACCGAGCUGUAUUUGGACGUGAACGACAUCAAGACGAUCCAGCCAGAGAGGCUGAACCACCUGAGGAUUCUCACUAGACUGGACCUGAGCAACAAUCAGAUCGGAAUGCUGUCGAACGACACCUUCAAGAACCUCACCAAAUUGUCGCACCUUAUUAUCAGUUACAACAAGCUCCAGUGUGUCCAGCGCAACGCCCUCGCUGGCUUGAAAUCGUUGAGAAUAAUGUCUCUCCACGGCAACGACAUAUCCGUGAUUCCCGAGGGGGCGUUCGAGGAUCUCAAAUCUAUCACCCACCUCGCUCUGGGGUCCAACCCGCUUUACUGCGACUGCACCAUGCGAUGGUUGGCCGAGUGGGUGAAGAAGGACUACGUGGAGGCAGGCAUAGCAAGAUGCAUGGAGCCGCCGACAAUGAGGGACAAACUCCUUCUGACGACACCAGCGACCGCGUUCCAAUGCAAAACCAGCCAACAGCCAGCCGAAGUCCUGGCCAAGUGCGACCUGUGCUACACCUCGCCAUGCCAGAACGGAGGAUUUUGCGAGACCCUCCCGGACCGGCAGUUCCGUUGCAAGUGCGCGCCAGGAUAUCAUGGGGAACGUUGUGGAGAUAAAAUUGACGCGUGCUAUGGAAAUCCUUGCAGGAACACCGGAACUUGCAAAGUACUGGAGGAAGGAAGAUUCAGUUGCGACUGCGCCCCCGGGUACAAGGGACUUCGAUGCGAGAACAACGUCGACGACUGCGAGGACAACAAGUGCGCAAAUAACGCCACCUGCGUCGACCUCGUACAGGCCUACAGAUGCGACUGCGCCCCAGGAUUCAUGGGCGAGUACUGCGAGGAGAAGAUACCCUUUUGCACAAAAGGGCACGACCCCUGCGAGAACGGGGGCAGAUGCGUCGACCACGGGACCCACUAUAGCUGCGAAUGCCCAAUCGGCUUCACCGGCUUUAAUUGUUCCACCAACUUGGAUGACUGCGUUGAUCAUAUGUGCCAGAACGGUGCUACUUGCAUCGACGGCAUAAAUAAUUACGUUUGUAAGUGCGCGGCGGAAUACACAGGAAGGUACUGCGAGGCAGCACCCUCGACAGCCAUGCUCUACCCGCAAACUAGUCCAUGCGCCCACCAUGACUGUCAGCAUGGUGCAUGCUUCCAACCAGCUCCCGCUUCCGCCGCGGACUACCUCUGCCAGUGCCACCCCGGCUACACCGGAAAACGAUGCGAGUACCUGACGAGUUUGAGCUUCGUGGACAACAGCUCGCUGGUCGAGCUGGAGCCACUGCGCACGAAGCCCGAAGCGAACGUGACCAUCGUCUUCACGACCACGCAGGAGAACGGGGUUCUCCUCUACGACGGCCAGAACGGCGACCACAUCGCUGUGGAACUGUUCAAUGGCCGCGUUAGGGUCUCGUACGACGUAGGCAACUACCCAACCUCGACGAUGUAUAGUUACGAAAUGGUAGCCGACGGCAAGUCCCACGUGGCGGAACUUCUGGCGAUCAAGAAGAACUUCACGAUGAGGGUCGACCGCGGUACUGCUAGGAGCAUUAUCAACGAGGGUCCCAAGGAGUACCUGAAGCUCGUCGCGCCGAUGUACGUCGGCGGCGUCAUGCCAGAAAUCGCCAACGUAGCAUUCACGGAGUUCCACUUGAGAAACAUUACGAGCUUCCAAGGCUGCAUCUCCGAGAUGUGGAUCAAUCACAAGUUAGUAGACUUCAGCAACGCUGCGAAAAUGCACCGUGUGACUCCUGGAUGCAUGUCUAACGACGAGGAGGCUGACGAAGCGCGAGACGUUAUCGAACCAGAGGGAAUGAUGAACAGUGGCAGCAACGAGGAACCCAUGCAACAAGAGAACAUGGCUCACGAACAUUCCGACAUCCUAAUGACGGUCUCCGGUACAAAUUCGGAUCCCUGCGCGGGACACGGAUGCAGAAAAGGCUCGCAAUGCGUGCCCUCGUCUGCAGAUAGUCCGUAUCCGUAUACGUGCCGGUGUCAAACCGGAUGGCAAGGACGGUAUUGCGAAAAAGCACCGACGUGUCGCAAGGAGCACACCAGAGAGUACUAUAGCGAGAAUGGGUGUCGGAGUAGACGACCAGUGAAGCUUGCCAAGUGUUGGGGGAGCUGUGGCAACUCGUGCUGCCUGCCACGGAAGACAAAACGACGCAAGGUUCGACUGAUCUGCGCAGACGGGAUGAGGUACACAAAGGACGUCGAUCUAGUGCGCAAGUGCACGUGCACCCGGAAAUGCUACUAGCCAGAAUGGCGGGACAGAGGGCGCCACAGGUGUUCCAUAGAUAUUCGUCGAGGCGUAUCGAAACCGAAUGGAGGAAACCCCCGGGAACCAAGCAGUGUCCCAAGUUGAACUUUCUACGUGUGCAUACACGGGAGAUGUGCCGAGAGUCGAUUAUAAUUAAUUCAGAGGGACGAACCUCUCCACCCAUGGACCUCGACGCAUCCUCGUGAAACGCGUAAACGAAAACGUUGGGCCGCGAACUGCCAGGCCGAAAACGAAGAUGGACACACACUCGCAAGACGAACACACUCUCAUACACAUCCCCCGCAUACAUACACACACACACAGCCGGCUCAGUGUGAUAUAUAUUCGAACGAGGAGAGAAGAAAAUAUAUCGUGCGUACGUGGACACGGGACUAUCGAUAUUGGAAACAGUUUAACGCAUACUAGGUAUUAUUAAUCGUAUGUUUAACGACGAGAGUGGAGAGUGGAAAAACCGUGCGACCAUGGACCCAAGAUACGCACGUGUUUCGCACGUAAGAGUUUAACGCACUGAUCGCAGAAACCACGCAGCAUCGUUCGCUCAGUGUGAAAUAGAUCUAAUGAAUGAUGUCAGUGGUGGAUGGAGUAUGAUCGAAUGUAAAGAAUUCACGCUUAAUAUUGCGAUCUCUCAGAGUUUUCAUUAGACUCGUUACACAUUCUGCCAAUCGAACUUGGCAAGGUGCAAGGCUCGUUGCUCAAUAGAUAAUCUCUAAUUUUUAUAAAACUCGACUGACCAGGGCAUCGAAGUAUAGAUCGUAGAUGGCGCUACUGUGGAUUCACUACAGUGGCGUUACCUGUGCCUCCUUAAGUUUGUAUUCAAGUCUGACUGUUCAUCAAAAGCCAAACUUUCCUCGUUAAUUUUUUAGAUAUUCGACUAAAUUCGUGUCCAAUAUUCUCUAUACAUCAAUCAAGUUUAAUAAUAAUUAUGAUUAUAAUCAGAGAUUGUUAAUUGAGCGAUGUCCAUUCCUACAAGUAGAAAGAGUAGUUGCUUUCACAAUAUUUUGACCGGUUUAGAGAAAGUCGUUAAAUAAGUCAUAUCACCCUCUUUGAAUGUUCAGUGUUGUAAGUUUCAGUUUGAAUAAAAAAUUAGUCUGAGAGAUCGAAAUUUUGCAUUAAGAAUGCAUUAAACAUCGGGUAUAGUAAAUGCUUCGCUAGUAAGCCAAGCUUCGUGCAACUAUUUUCCAAAUCUGUUGCAUGCUCGCAACAUUUAAAUGCCUGACAAUUUAUAAUUGUAACUUAAAUGCAAACGCAAGUAAAGACGAAAAAAGAAAAGUAAAAAAUUAAACGAUAUCGCAUAAGUAUUAAAGAUGUAUAGGGAGCUUCAUGUUUCUCCAAAACAUUUCCAGUUAAUCGUGGUACUUGAUGGGCUGUUAGGUCUAUUGUCCUCUGAGUAAACGUUUGUAUAAACACGUUAUUGAACAUGCAGUUGCGUUCACACCGGUAAAAAGUGAUGAGUGUCUUAAGGGAGAGAUUUUUAAACGACACUUUGAACAAAAAUUUGAACCCCUAAGACGAUUUCUAUUUCAUUUUGUAUCCUUUGUCGAUUACGUUUACUUUGUUACUGUCUAUCUUAAUCAUCCUAUCGUUUAAGAAACGUUCCUUUGUCGUAAAUAUUUAACCUCUUGAUAAUUAGUGAAAUAAUUUAAUACAGUGGAGGAGAGUGUAUAUUUAAAAGACAUACAGUAUUUCUUGUCCUUUUCACGUGUUUCGUUGCAACACUGGCAAUCGUUCAAUCUUCAUAACACUCAAUUUAAAAACAAAACUGAGCAAAAGACUUCUCCGUCAAAAGAGUAACUUUAGUUAACAGAGCAUCAACAUAACUCUCUUGUCUCAUGAGAUGUGGUUCUCAAGUGUGAUGACUACACUUUAAUCUGCUAGUGCACAACCAUAGUAUUUGGAACAUCAAAGCUGAUAAUACAUAGUUUCAAUCAUAUAUGGUUAAUAUUAUAGAAAACUAUCUUCUAAAUUAUUAAGCAUCUAUGCUGAAAAUUAUGUGCCAUUACUGUCAGUACUUCAAUCACUAUCGCUGUGCAUAAGUGUAUUACAAAGUGAACAUAGGACUUGAAGAGCUUUCUGUGUAAAAUCAACGUGUGCAACUGGAUGCUUGAAGAAGGCGAAGAAUGACUAGAGCAUGCUAACUAAGGUCUCCAAAAAAAGACUAACAGGCUCUCAGAACCUCGAAUUCUUCAUUCCACGGCCUAAAGCGUUGCUUCGAGGUUUACAGUGCAAAUUGCACUUAAAAGAGUCUAUGAAAGCGCCAGGUCGAGAAAUUAUAAGCGACCGCAAGUAGAGAAAAGAAAUUGUAAGUCUAUGGCGAAACGAAUGUAACUAAUGUAACUCGGGGGCAGUCAGUUCAUGCCCCAGGGGCAGAGGAUCGCGUAAUUAUUUUUGUAUGAGCACAUUAUUUAUAAAUCAAGACGUCGACGAUAAGUUUGCGAUUGUUUUCAUCAGGGUGGCAUGAUUCGUUCGAACUACUUAAGUCCCUCUUAAUGUUUCGCGUACCUAAUUAAUGUGUACCUACUCUGCGGAUAACUGCAUUGCAUCUUCCACUGCCAGUAUUUAAGUCGUAUUUAUUCAUCACGGACUACCAGAACACAAAACUUUUGGUAGACUUGAUCAUUAUCGAUUAUUCUUGAUGCACUUCCACAUAAAGUCGACACUUUUAACCCUUUUGCUGUGCUGCGGUCCACUAUCCUGCUACUUACCAUUUGUCACAAACACACACUAUCUUGUUUGGCAAGCCAUUUUUGCGAAGCGCCAUAUUAUUCAAAAAAAUAAUGACUGUGAACUGUGGACUGUGGACUGUGGAAAGGGUUACAGAAAAAACGAACUCGUAGAGCACGAUCGAGUCCUUUGCACUCCUCUUCCGUGAAGAUAAUCUUCAAUGUUGAUCAAUUUUAACCAUUUUUUAUCCCUCUGUAACAUUUUCACUUACCAAAAACGGCAUGGCGAUGGCGACGAAGACGAAGCGACGCUAUGUAACGAAACCAGCCUUGCUUCUACUCGCGCAUGCGCAUCGAGAAGAACCAUAAAAAAAUACUGUAGCUGUAAAAGACGAUGCGUGGUCAGUUUUAGUUUCAGUUUUCUGUUUUAUCAUGGUGGGUCAACCCAGUACAUUUAGGCUGUUGCACCCUUAUUGCCAGUCUUACGUGUCAUUCUUACAAAAUUGCUCCGAUACAUAUCGGUACGUGGUCCCAAAUCUUGUAUACUUUUGUCAUUCUUUGGGGCGACGAGGGCGCCAGAGUAGAUACCCUCACAGUUUGAACUUCUUCCGUUGCUUUUGGCGCCAUAUUGGUUCCAUACAGUAAAAUUGAAAAAUUGUUGUAACAUUCAGACAGCGACAGUCGCAUAAAACGUGCUAACAAUAUGAAGAUAUUUCUGUGGAGUGCAAAGGGUCACGUCGGUCACCAAAAUACUCACCAUGUGCACAGUGUUCAGCAUAUGGGGAUCGGUAAAUUUUUCUUAACGUAUUUUUAGAUUAUGUUAAGUAGUAUAACCAUUCGUAUAUCGAACGCACGAGAAACGAGUAUCUUUAUUUUACGUUAUCAUGCUCGUAACUAGUAUUUUCGAUGCAGGAUUUUAUGCCAACGUUCGUAUUUCUCUUUUUUUUUUUUUGUUGUUGUUUUAUAGAAUUCUUUACGAUAAAAUUACUUUAUCUACUUGUGUAUUCGUUUUUUAAGACAAAGUAUCGAACAGAAAUGGAUGGCAGAAGCGAUAACGCAGCAUAUAUUAGUAGCACCCGUCGAAUGUGUCACUUAUUAUUACUGAUUUUCUCCUUAUACGCCGUAGUGAAAUAAUAGAUGUACCAUAGCGACGUAUUUUACGGUUUCAUAGUAUUAAUAGUGACGUAAGUUGCCUACAGCGUUGCGUUUGAAAAUUAGUUUCUUCGCGAAUUAGAUUUGAAUGCGUUCGAGUUUGGUUUCACAGCUACCGAUUGAUGGAGAUUGUUGUUGUUGUUAACACGUUGCUUACCGAUCAAAUACCUAGUGAAUUUACCGUGAAUUCCAUUAACAAAAUUUCGUGACUUUUACACGAUUCAAAUUCAUCGAAAUCCGAACACGAUGCGAUUGGUAAGCAAUGUAUCGAGCUGAAUAUCUGUAAAUCAAAUUGAGAAAUGCAUUAUAAGACACCAUCGGACGUUUUCAAAACUUUCUUACAAGUUCUGCUGAACGCUAACUGAACUCUACAGAUAUCUUAGAGAUCUUCUUCACCGACUCAUGGUAUCGAUCGUUGGCGCCAUCUGAGUUUGGCAGGUUUAAUGUACCAUGUUACCAUUCGAGCAAUAAUCAAUUGGUGUAUGUCCAAACUUACUUAAUAGAAGAAUAUUUUAAUUGGUUCUUUUAGGAAUGAUAAAAUUGGAAUAUUCCACUGUGGAUCAAGACGAGUAUUCAAAUUUCAUUUUGUGCUAAGUUCACGGUAGAAAAUAUCCCAUGGUUGAUCAUGUUUUAUGAUAAAUUGAAAACUGUAUAGGACCAAACUCCAUUUUAGACUAAAUUCUACAGUAUGCCAUACAACUUGAAAGAGUUCUAAGGAUAAAUCCAGUUCAUAUAGUUAAUUAGACACUCCUGUCUGAUGUUUAACUUCCUUCACUAUGUGUACUUUAAAGCAUAACUUCUUCGAAGUCUUCAAACACGUAUAUGAAUGAAGGUAUUAUAACAUGAAAGGACCACCCUAGCUAAUCUCAACUCUAAACAAAGAUUCUAAACAAGGUCUAUGGACUUCUUUGCUCAAUUUUUGAUCGAAUCAGGUUAAAAUUCUGUUUGCGUACACUCUGUAAGGAAGAAAUUGUUAGCAAAGUUCUGGAAGUGUGUCGAUUCUGUUAAAAGCAAGGACACAGAGACCAGGUUGAGACAUCCGAGACCUGUAUCGACGCUGCCAGUUAUACGAAGGAAGUUGCGAGGGCCGUAGUCAUUAAUGAAUUCCGCAUUCGACCAAACAUACGUGCGAGUAAUUCUCCUUGUAACGAGAGUAACGUCGCGCUGGACGUUUAACAGAGGAAAGGAGAGAAGAUGGGAGGGGUGGGAGGGGGGGGGGACAGAGACAGAUAUAGGGUUUUCUACGAAGCUUAACGUCUAUACUGGACAAUAAUGAGGGAAGGAGACGAGGGAUUCGGUUAAACGAUGGCGAUGAGCGUUCGAGACUUGUGAUUGCUCGAAAUUCCUACGAGUUAUAUUUGUACAUUUACUUUACGAGAAACCUUAAUAUAUUUCACGGAUCGGUGGACUAUAGCGCAUGCGACUGAAGUAUACCAGUUUUACGAGUCUUUACGCUUAAAGUAUAGCAAAUGCUCUCGUUCUCGGAACCAGCCGAAAUGUAAUUCCUCGUAGGGGGUGGGGGGUGUCCCAACUUCCGGUUGCCAGGACCCCUCUCGUUUUUUGGGAAAAGCAAAAGCAUUUGUUUCAUCGACUCAACCUACCUAAAUAACUGUAAACUGCGUAAUAAAUAUAAUUAUUAUUGUUCCUUCUCGA